UGGCCGGCAGGGCGCGCGCGGGCGGGGCGGCGACGUUCGUCAUUCUGUGCGGGAGGGAGCGCGAGAGCGGCGCGGACGAUCCUCCGGUGUCUCACAACCAGCUAGAGGUGAGUAUGGCUGAGCAGGAGCCCACAGCUGAGCAGCUAGCACAGAUUGCUGCGGAGAAUGAGGAGGACGAGCACUCAGUCAACUACAAGCCCCCGGCCCAGAAGAGCAUCCAGGAGAUCCAAGAGCUGGACAAGGACGACGAGAGUCUGCGCAAGUACAAGGAGGCCCUCCUGGGCCGUGUGGCUGUGUCUGCUGACCCCAAUGUCCCCAAUGUUGUGGUGACCCGACUGACCCUGGUGUGUAGCACUGCCCCGGGCCCCCUGGAGCUGGACCUGACAGGUGAUCUGGAGAGCUUCAAGAAGCAGUCCUUUGUGCUGAAGGAAGGUGUGGAAUAUCGGAUAAAAAUCUCCUUCCGGGUGAACCGAGAGAUCGUGUCCGGCAUGAAGUACAUCCAGCACACGUACAGGAAAGGCGUGAAGAUUGACAAGACCGACUACAUGGUGGGGAGCUAUGGGCCCCGGGCGGAGGAGUAUGAGUUCCUGACCCCCAUGGAGGAGGCGCCCAAGGGCAUGCUGGCUCGAGGCAGCUACAACAUCAAGUCCCGCUUCACAGACGAUGACAGGACUGACCACCUGUCCUGGGAGUGGAACCUCACCAUCAAGAAGGAAUGGAAGGACUGAGCCACGCCGGGAGGCGGGCAGGGCGGGCGGACGGAAGGACGGACGUGCCCCACCCCACCACCCCACCCUUCCCGACCCCAGACCAAAGUGCUGACAGGGCCCGCCCACGCCGCCACCGCCGCCCCGGUCUGCCUCCUGACUGGCCUGUCCCUCCUCCACCCCCAGCCCGCUGGCCCCAGCCUCCUCGGUGGUCUAGUGUCGUUGCUGCUUCCACCCGUGCUGUGGGGAGGGAGGCCUCUACCUCCCCUUCUGUAUCCCUCGAGAUUCCCCCACUGUCCUGACCCGACCUGAGUCCUUGGCAUGGGAGUCAGGCAUCGCAGUGGGGCUCAGGGUGCUCAGGUCCCCUGGGCCUUUCCUGUUAUGUUACCUGGACUCCUGUCGCCCCCUUCCUGGUGGGGGUGGGGUGUACCGCGUGGGGCCUCGUGGGGCCGGUUUUCCUCCAGCUUUCACCUCUCCCCGGUCAGUCCAUCCAUCACUGUCAGUAACGGUCUAACCAUGAUGCCUUAACAUGUGGAACGUGUGCUGUGGGGGCGUCACUAACCUCUAACCCUGUGUCUGCAUGAGCAUGUGGUGUCUCCCCCCCACCCCCCACCAUCCCUACCCCGUCUGUGAUCCCCGUGGCCUGGGAAGGCUUCUGGGAUGUGCUGGUCCCUAGUCUUCCCUGGCCUGGCCAGGCCCGCGGGGACAGCUCCAGGGGCUUGGGAAAAGCCAAAUUGCCAAAACUCAAAAGUGGCCUCCGUUCCCAUCUGGGAGGCUGGGUGUCCUCACACCUCUGCCUUCUUUGUCCCAGUGGGCAGUGCCUAGAGCCCACGGCCCCAAGAGAGAGCCCUUGGCAGACAAAGCCAGUGGCCGAGCCUUACUUGUUUCUCCUGGCCUGCAGGCCUGGAGUCGUGUGCCUGGCCCGUCAGUAUUUAUUGCCUCCAUAUGUGCCGUCCUCUGGGCCCACUGGCCUGCCGCCUCUGCCCCCAGGCUCGGUGCCACCAUCCCCAGCAGGCCCUCCCUGGACCCAGCCAGGACAACCGUGGGACCAAGCUUGCACCGCUGGAGCUGUCCCCUCUGCCCCCACCCCACCCGACCCCACCCUCCCCGGUCAGGCCCGGGCGUAGAAUGCACAGGAGCCUGUCCCUGCUUCUCCUUUUCUGACCGGGAAAUAAACUUCCCCCUAAGGAGC